CGCGACCAAACCCACCACUCUUCCCUCGCCCACACAAUCUCGACCAUCCGCGCCGAAUCGACCACCAACGCCCUCCGCGCCGAGAAACUCCAAACCCGCGUCGACGACCUCGCGCGCCAGCUCUCCCUCUCGCAGUCCCAGGAACGCGCCGCCCGUACCGCUUUGCGCACCGCGGAGUCCUCGGCCCGCUCCCUGCGCGAGGAAAUGUUGCGCUCAAAGACAACGGUCGCGCAGGUGCGGACGGCGUGCGCAAACGACGUCCGCAAGCGCGACGUGCAGAUCCAGCGGCUGAAGACGCACCUCACGGCGCAGCAGCGGGGGAACAAGACAGGCCUGGUGGGCGCGAGCAUCACGAUUACACCUGGGGCGACGGGGAAGCUGGGGAGUGGGCGGGAAGAGGAGCUCACGGGUGGACUGGGGUUAGAAGAUCCGGGGUAUGAAUUACGACAGGAGACUACGGAGUUCCUCACGCAGCUGAGCCAGGGGCUAAGUGACGAGAAUGAUAGUUUGAUCGGGUUGGUGCGGGGGACGCUGGGGACGUUGAAGGAGCUGCAAGGGAUGGAUGGGUGUGAGGGGCUGGAGACGCUGAGGGAGGAGGAGGUGGAGGCGGGUGGGAUGGUCAGCGCGCUGCCGACGAGUUAUGAGGCGCUGGCGGCGGAUAUGGAUCUUGUGUUGGAGAAUCUGAAGAACCUGCUCACGAAUCCGAACUUCGUGCCGAUUGACGAGGUGGAGUUGAGGGAGGAGGAGAUUGUGAGGUUGAGGCAGGGGUGGGAAAAGAUGGAGACAAGGUGGCGGGAGGCUAUUACGAUGAUGGACGGGUGGAGGAAGAGGAUGGCGAGUGGAGGCGAUACGGUUAAUAUCGAUGAGUUGAAGAUGGGGUUGGGACUCAGUGUUGGGCUUGAGUCUCCCAGCAAAGAAGACAUAUCAAUCCUCACGGACGGCGAGGAGGAGAUGGACAGUGAGGGCCUCGAAGACAUCGAAGAGGAGGGAGAGCCCUCCAGCCUAGAAGACGCCCCAUCCCCAGAGCCGGCAGUCACAGACAAGACGACGAAUUCGGAUAUCUUCAACAUCCACCUGCAGCCUGCACAACCAGCGCUUAGGGAAGGCGACGGCAACAUCAAAUCCCCCCGCAAGGUUGCGUUUGCGCCCUCGGCCACCAGCGCACCAUCCCAGGAUGUAGACGAGAAUGCGUCUGAGAUCGACCUCGUCGGCGAGACGUUCAGCGGCAAAGACGCAGCGAAAGCAAAGUCACAGGCAGGAGCAGUCGGAAGCAGACCGCGAGUGCAGGAGUCGCGGAUUCCUCGCCAAGCUCAGAAACGGCUGUCAUCCCCACGGCCACACCCCGAAGAGCGCUCCCCGAAGCUGACAGUGCAAGACAAGCUCAACGUGGCCCAAGCCGAGGCCGAGGCGACGGCGCUCGCAGCAGGCCUGGUGCGCGCGAAGCCGGCUGCAGAGGCGCUGGAGGAUGCGGGUGAUGCACAGGCUGGCUCGCAGCAUCGCCGGCGCAGCUCUCCACGCAAGACGCGGGUUGGCGGGCGCCCGAAGCGGCGAAAGAGCACGUUGACGCCGGAGGAGCUGCAGACGAUGCUGGGUUCCGAGUAGUAGCAGGUUGGCAAACCAGGUCGCAGCGCAGCCAGCUGAUAUCGUAAGAGACGCUCGGAUUAGCUUAAGGUUCGCCGGGGCAGAGCAAAAUGCAAUCUAUCCAGCAGUAGCGGGGGGGGCUUGCGUAACUAUUAGUAGCAUGCAGCGGCGUUUUGGGUGUCUUUGGUGUAUGGUCUCGUUUAGGCAGGCCAGGUGGAGUCUGGAGUGGAUUGCGUGAGCGGGGUGCUAGCUGGGUGCAGUCAGUGCAUAAUGUACAGGUGGAGGUGCUGGGGUGUGUGGCGCGUAGGUGCGGGAAUCACGGUGGGCUCGCUUUCGGGGCGGCUCGCAGGACAUGGGUGGUAGCCGUGAUCAACGGCUUCGAGAAGCGGUGGAGACGGGGCCUGAUUUAGAAGUGUGGAAUUACGAAUGGAAGAAAUGCUGCCAUCAGUGCGGCUGUAUGGGGUCGCCGGUAUAAGG